AAGCGUUCCUUGGUUACCUGGCCGUCGGAUCCUGGAUGGCGUCAGGUAAAGAUGGUGGUCACUGGGUCUCAGGUAACUAUGGAGAAAGAGCUUCGGAGCAUCAUUCUUUUCAAUGCGUCCAAAAAGGAGCUCUUUACCACCAACAGUGGUUACAAAUCCAUGCAGAAAAGACUUCGAAGUAAUUGGAAGAUUCAAAGCUUAAAAGAGGAAAUCACAUCUGAGAAGCUAAUUGGGGUGAAACUAUGGAUUACAGCUGGGCCAAGGGAAAAAUUUACUGCAGCUGAGUUUGAAGUCUUGAAGCAGUAUCUUGAUGGUGGUGGAGAUAUCCUCGUGAUGCUAGGAGAAGGUGGAGAAUCCAGAUUUGAUACCAAUAUUAACUUUCUACUAGAAGAAUAUGGAAUCAUGGUUAAUAAUGAUGCUGUGGUUAGAAAUGUAUAUUACAAGUAUUUUCAUCCUAAAGAAGCCCUAGUUUCCAAUGGAGUCUUGAACAGGGAAAUUAGCCGAGCAGCAGGGAAAGCCGUGCCUGGGACCAUUGAUGAGGAGAACAGCGGGAACAAUGCCCAAGCUCUCACCUUCGUCUACCCCUUUGGUGCCACACUGAGUGUCAUGAAACCAGCAGUGGCUGUUCUGUCCACAGGCUCUGUCUGCUUCCCACUGAACAGACCCAUCCUGGCUUUCUAUUGCUCUAAGAACCAAGGUGGGAAGCUGGCAGUUGUUGGUUCAUGCCACAUGUUCAGUGACCAAUAUUUGGAUAAAGAAGAAAACAGCAAAAUCAUGGAUGUUGUUUUCCAGUGGCUCACAACAGGAGACAUCCACCUAAACCAGAUUGAUGCCGAGGACCCCGAGAUUUCUGACUACAUGAUGCUGCCCGAUACAGCCACCCUGUCAGAGCGACUUCGAGUGUGUCUGCAGGAGGGUGACGAGAACCCGCGGGACUUCACCACCCUCUUCGACCUGUCCAUAUAUCAGCUGGAUACCACGUCCCUCCCCCAGGUCAUCAAGGCUCAUGAACAGCUAAAUGUGAAACACGAACCUCUGCAGCUCAUCCAACCGCAGUUUGAAACACCGCUGCCAGCCCUGCAGCCGGCUGUUUUCCCUCCUAGUUUUAGGGAACUACCACCUCCUCCUCUGGAGCUGUUUGACUUAGAUGAGACAUUCUCCUCUGAGAAGGCCCGACUUGCUCAGAUUACCAAUAAGUGUACCGAGGAAGACCUAGAAUUCUAUGUCCGGAAGUGUGGUGACAUUCUUGGAGUGACCAAUAAACUACCAAAAGACCAACAAGAUGCCAAACACAUCCUCGAACACAUCUUCUUUCAAGUGGUGGAGUUCAAGAAGUUGAACCAGGAACAUGACAUUGACACAAGUGAAGCAGCAUUCCAGAGCAACUGCUGA